AUGGGGCUCCACGCGCUUGGUAUGAUCGACUCACCUCAUUUCUCAUCUCUCAUGGCUUCAUCUGAGGUCAAGCAUGCACAUACACCAAUAGGCACCACAUCCAAAUUGUCACGAGAUGAGUCUGGUGACCCUGUAGACCCCCCUCUAUACAGAUGUAUGAUAGGUGGCUUACUGUAUCUCACAGCGAGUCGUCCUAAUAUAUCCUUCAGUGUAUGUUUAUGUGCCAGGUAUCAAGCCAAUCCUAAACAGUCCCAUCUCUCUGCAGUCAAAAGAAUUUUCAAAUAUCUACCUAGGACAGUUAACUAUGGUCUUUGGUAUAGUUGUGACACCAAUACUUCUUUGGUAGGAUAUAGUGACUCUGAUUGGGCAGGGUGUUUAGAUGAUAGGAAAAGCACUUCAGGGGGAUGCUUUUACAUUGGGAAUAACCUAGUCUCGUGGUAUAGCAAAAACAGCAGUCCAUCUCACUUUCCACUGCAGAAGCAAAAUAUAUUGCAGCUGGCAGCUGCUGCAGUCAAUUAA